UCAGGCGAUAAAAGAAGGUCUAUCCUAUUUUGAUCACGUCUCUAUCUCACAAGUCUUAACUGUUAAUCUUCUUCUUCUUUGCUGUUUUGCUUCUUUGAGAAAAUCUCCUCCUUUCUUGGGCCUCUCUCUCUAUCUGUAUCUUAUCCAGAUAUAUCAUCCCAUUGCGUGAUAAAUUCCUCACACCCUUUUUCAUCUUGUGCCCAAUUCUCAUCCGGUUCAGAUUCUUCAUAUUUUGAUUCAAAGUUUUUUUUUUCUUCCUGGGUUUUGUUUUGCCUCUGUAAAAUUAAAACUUCUAGCUGUUCAUAGUUCAAGAUGAGACCAGUCCUUAGAUCAUCGUCUUCUCUAAGUAGAAUUAGAUGGGCUCUGAGGAAUCAAGAACGCAACUCAUCAACUUUCUCCUCAAAAAGCCGCAAACUAUUGGUCGGUGUCCAUCAAAACGAAGCUCUGGUGAACGCAAACACUUGUAACUCAACUCUGUUUUCGAGGUUAAGCUUCUCCAGAGGCUUAUCAGCAGAGGCAGUAGAAGCAGCUGAUGCUGCUAUUAAGCUAACUGUCUCAUCCUCAGCAGAUGUGAAUAGAACAGGACCGCUUGUUGAGUAUGAGAGACGAAUCAGUGAUGGCGAGCUCAUGACUGGUGAUAUCUGCCAACUAGGUGCGUUGAAAGAGCUUCAGAGACUACAUGAUCAGCUUGUGGAAUCAGUAGAUACAUGUCGUCUAGAUCGUUACAACACUUCUGAUAAAUCAUCAAGAAGCCGUUGGUUCUGGUCUAGGAUCAUGCCACAGUCUACUGUCUCGCCCGUCAAAGGACUGUACCUCUAUGGAGGUGUAGGCACAGGGAAAACCAUGUUGAUGGACUUAUUCUUUGAUCAAUUGCCUUGCACAUGGAAGAAGCAGAGGAUACAUUUCCAUGAUUUCAUGUUAACCGUUCAUAGUCGAUUACAAAAGCACAAGGGUUUAUCAGAUCCACUUGAAGUUGUUGCACAAGAGAUAGCUCAUGAUGCAAUCUUAUUAUGUCUAGAUGAGUUCAUGGUAACUGAUGUUGCAGAUGCUCUGAUACUUAACCGACUCUUUGGACAUCUCUUCAGUAAUGGCAUAAUUCUAGUUGCCACAUCAAAUAGGAAUCCUGAUAAACUCUAUGAAGGAGGACUCCAGAGAGAUCUCUUCCUACCUUUCAUUGCCUCACUAAAGGAAAGGAAUGUGGUUCAUGAGAUUGGCUCAGCCGUUGAUUACCGGAAACUAACUUCGGCUGAGCAAGGAUUCUAUUUUAUCGGUACAGAUCUUUCCACCCUUCUGAAACAGAAGUUCCAAGAACUUAUUGGAGGCAACGUUGUUGCGCGUCCACAGGUAGUUGAAGUGGUCAUGGGAAGAAAGUUACAGGUUUCAUUAGGUGCUAAUGGAUGUGCGUACUUCCCUUUUGAAGAGUUAUGCGACCGACCUCUUGGAGCUGCUGAUUACUUCGGAUUGUUCAAGAAGUUUCAUACACUUGCAUUGGAAGGAGUACCUGUCUUUGGGCUUCAUAACCGGACUGCUGCUUAUAGAUUCGUCACGCUAGUCGAUGUGAUGUAUGAGAACAGAGCGAGGCUGUUGUGUACAGCUGAAGCAACUCCUCAAGAACUCUUGGAAAAGAUUGUGACAAUCUCUGAUGCGAAAUCAAUGUCUCCGAGAACGUCGUCGAGGUCAAGAAAGAACGAUGUCUCUGAGCUAUGCGUGGACAACGAGUUAGGUUUUGCCAAAGAUAGAACCAUCAGUAGGUUAACAGAAAUGAACAGCAAAGAGUACUUGGAGCAGCAUGCCAUAACACACAAUCUGUAACACACAAAAGACGUACAAGUUUUCAAGGGAUUCAAUAGUGACUACUUGUAUUUUCUGUAUCAUGUGAGAACGUUAUCCAUUGUUGUAAGUUGUAACAUUGAAUUUUGAAUUUACAGCUAUACUAAAAUCCAAAAAGAUUGCUCAUCAUUUCA